AUGCCGUACCUCGCUCGAGACAACUCUCCAGACAAGCCCUCCGACUCAAAGCCGCUAUAUCUUGGCUUUGAUCUGUCGACGCAACAGCUAAAAGCUCUCGUUGUUGACUCAGAUCUCAAGGUCACUGGAGAAGCAAAGGUAGACUUUGAUAAGGAUUUUGGCCAUAAAUAUGGCAUCAAGAAGGGAGUUCACGUUUACGAGGAGACGGGCGAGGUUUAUGCGCCUGUUGCCAUGUGGCUCGAGUCGGUAGAUCUUGUCCUCGAUCGCUUGGCCGAAGCAAUGCCUGUUCCCCUAUCUCGCAUUCGCGGAAUUAGCGGCUCUUGCCAGCAGCAUGGAAGCGUAUACUGGAAUGGCAAUGCCUACGAAGUCCUCCACCACCUCGAUCCUCGCCUGCCCCUGGUUGUUCAACUGCCACAAGCACUCUCUCAUCAGUGGUCGCCCAACUGGCAAGAUCAGAGCACUCAGGCCGAGUGUGACGCUUUCGAUGCCGCUCUUGGCGGCCGUGAGAAGCUCGCCGAGGCCACAGGUAGCGGUGCGCACCAUCGCUUCACUGGAACACAGAUUAUGCGCCUCAAGAAGGACCUCCCAGAUAUGUACGCAAAGACCGCCCACAUCUCUCUGGUCUCAUCAUGGCUCGCAUCCGUCUUCCUCGGCGCCAUUGCUCCCAUGGACGUUAGCGAUGUUUGCGGCAUGAACCUAUGGGAUAUGUCCCGUCAAACAUACAGCGAACCUCUGCUUGAGCUUGCUGCUGGUAGUAAGCGUGAUGCUCUUAACCUCCGAAAGAAGCUUGGCGAGCCUUGCCUUGAUGGCGCUGCUGUUCUGGGUUCUAUCUCUCCUUACUUUGUGAAACGCCACGGCUUCCACCCCGACUGCCAGAUCACACCCUUCACUGGUGACAACCCCGGAACUAUUCUUGCCCUCCCCCUUCGACCCCUUGACGCCAUCGUCUCGCUGGGUACUUCAACUACAUUUCUCAUGAACACACCAAAGUACAAGCCUGACGGCGCUUACCACUUCUUUAACCAUCCCACAACCGACGGUCACUACAUGUUCAUGCUGUGUUAUAAGAAUGGAGGUCUAGCACGCGAAAGGGUCCGAGACCAGCUACCCAAGCCUGAGAAUGGUCCUACCGGUUGGGAGAACUUCAAUAAAGCCACCGAGAACACACCUGCUCUCGGUGCCGCAAACGAAGAUGAUAGACGUAAGCUCGGUCUAUACUUCUACCUCACUGAGGUGGUGCCCAACAUUCGUGCCGGCACUUGGCGAUACUCAUGCGAGCCUGACGGCUCUGAUCUUCAGGAGGUUAAGGGAGGAUGGGAUAAGGAGACCGAUGCUCGAGUGAUUGUCGAGUCUCAGGCCCUGUCGAUGCGACUCCGAUCCCAGAACCUUGUUGAGAGCUCUCGACACGGUCUUCCCGCUCAGCCCCGCCGAAUUUACCUUGUUGGAGGUGGUUCUCUAAACCCCGCCAUUGCCCGUGUUAUUGGCGAAGUCUUGGGUGGCAGCGACGGCGUUUACAAGCUUGACGUCGGAGGUAACGCCUGCGCCCUUGGUGGAGCUUACAAGGCUCUCUGGGCUCUGGAACGCCAGCCAAACGAGACCUUUGAUGACCUCAUUGGCAAGCGAUGGACCGAGGAAGGUAACAUCCAGCGGAUCGAUCAGGGCUACCGCGAGGGUCUCUAUCAAAACUACGGCAAUGUCCUUGGAGCUUUCGAGGGCCUGGAGAAGAAAAUCCUCACUGAGCAGGCUACGGAAUCAGACAACGGACAAAAAGAAGUACAGCAAAGCGCAUGA